UCCGCAUCGAUAAUCCCACGACUUGAUACUCAACCUCCACCAACCAUACCUGUUACCUAUAUCCCAACCAACCCACCCAAAAUGUCCAAACUCCCCCGCCAGGACCGCCUCCCCCUCUGUCCGCCCACCCACCUCGUCGGCCCCUCCACCCCCCUCUCCCUCCCCGCCGCCCGCGCCAAAAUCGAAGCCUACCUCGCCCUCUGCGCCACGACGCCGCACCUCCACCCGGACGCGAAGCCAAAGCACGACCACGCGACAGCGGGAGCACCGAUGAAUGGCGUCGAUGGCCAUGGGGAGCUGUCGGCGAAAUCCAAGGAGGCGCGGAAGUUGGCGAAGAAACAGCGGAAGGAUACGCAGAAAAAGGAGAAGGCGGCGAAGGCGCGGGAUGCGGCAUGAUGCGAUCGGACGAAUGAGCACAAACACCGUCGAUGAGGAAAGAACCGAAUUUUCUAUGCGUCUCUAUCCGACGCCCCGAUCCACCGCGUCCCUAUCCUACUGACUCCGAACUAUUAUACAUAUGCGACACCAACCAUGGCGGCGUGACGAGCAUAGC